AUUCCUGCAACACCGUCGUUCCGAGUAUUGGUCAUCGGAACGUGAUAACUAGUGGAUAUACGAUGUCUAAGGCAGGAUAUGGGGUUUAAAACAAGUGAAAGAAGAGGGCGCGCUGUCCGUUCUUGCAAUACAACUGCUCUGGUGUCCCAUCUGCCUGGCACCUGACUCUUGAAUCCGAUACUUAUCCGUUGUUGCUAAUUGCGAUUGAUUCACGAGUUCCUCCCCAUACUUCACCUCCAACAACCACUCUCAAUCGUCACCAUGGGCAGACUAGACGGCAAGGUUGCCCUUGUCACAGGCGGCGGCUCCGGUUUCGGCGCCGGGAUAUCCAAAGGCAUGGCCUCUGAAGGCGCCAAAGUUCUCGUCUGCGAUAUCAACGCUGCUGGCGGCCAAGAAACAUGUUCUGCAAAUCCCUCUUCGCUAGCCUUCCACCAAAUGAACGUGACGAAGUCAGCCGACUGGAAAGCAAGUAUAGCAGCCUGCAUUGAGAAAUUCGGGCGUUGCGACAUACUCGUAAACAACGCGGGCUGGUCGUACACAAACAAGCCAACUUCGGACGUUACCGAAGAAGAAUUCGACAGGGUUUUCGAUGUCAAUGUCAAGGGCGUGUAUCUGGGAUGCAAUGCUUGGAUUGACCAAGCGAUUAAGCGAGGCGAAGGUGGUGUAAUCAUCAACAUAGCGAGUGUGGGUGCUACAAGGCCAAGACCAGGUCUUGUAUGGUACAAUGCAAGUAAAGGCGCUAUUUGGAAUCAGGCAACAAAAGGUCUUGCGGCAGAAUACGGUCCACAUCAAAUCCGUGUGGUAUCCAUCUGCCCCUUGGUCACUGGUACGGGCCUCUUCUCCGCUUUCACUGGUAUGGAAGACACGCCGGAGAAUAGGACAAAGUUCACAUCCAACGUACCCAUGGGACGCAUCGGUGAGGUAGACGACGUGGUGAAUGCGUGCAUCUUCAUGGCAAGCAAAGAAGCAGGUUUCAUUACAGGAGUCAAUCUCGAAGUAGACGGUGGACGAUGUAUCUAA